GCGAGCUCAGACGCUGGGAGUAAAGCUAGGUGGCUCCACCAGAGUACACGGCUCUAAAACACCGUCGUAAACAAACGCAAAUACGUCAGCAGACGAGGUUUAUCUACGUGAAGCAGACACGUUGUUCUGCCAUGGUGCGGGCUGUGUGGGCGGUGCUCCGGAUGGUGUCCUGCGAGGGAGCAGCUGUGCUGAAAUCAAACGUACCCGGAGCUGGCAGAGCUGCUGCAUCACGGCACAGACCUAUUUACACAGCUAUCCCUUCCUACUGCAGAGCUAUAUCAAGUCAGGUGAGACACUUACAGUCUGCAAUCAGAAUGCCAGAGAUAACUACAGAUCACCUGGACGAGAAGCAGGUGCAGCUGCUGGCUGAGAUGUGCAUCCUCAUCGACGAGAACGACCAGAAGAUUGGAGCGGACACCAAGAAAAACUGCCACCUCAACUCCAACAUUGACAAAGGUUUAUUACACAGAGCUUUCAGCGUGUUCAUUUUCAACAGUGAAGAGAAGCUGCUCUUACAACAGAGGUCGGACGCCAAAAUCACUUUUCCAGGCUGUUUCACAAACACAUGCUGCAGUCACCCUCUGCACACAGACAGUGAGCUGGAGGAGCAGGAGGCGAUAGGAGUGAGGAGAGCUGCUCAGAGGAGGCUCAAAGCUGAGCUGGGUAUCCCCAUGGAGCAGGUGACUCCAGAUGAAAUGACGUACCUGACAAGGAUCCACUACAAGGCCCAGUCGGAUGGUGUGUGGGGAGAACAUGAGAUUGACUACAUCCUCUUCAUGCAGAAGGAUGUGGAGUUGAGUCCAGACCCAAAUGAGAUUCAAAGCCACUGCUACGUGAGCAAGGAGGAGCUGCAGGAGAUGUUAGAGAAGGCCAAGCGCAAAGAACUGGAGAUCACACCCUGGUUCAGCCUCAUCGCAGAGACCUUCCUCUUCCAGUGGUGGGACAACCUGCACAACCUCAAGCAGUUCAUGGAUCACAACAACAUCCACCGCAUGUAGCUUAAACCAGCAUCAGGCUCCAUCUUCACUCAUUUCAAACCUGAACCGGCGGAGAGUCUCCAGACCCCUGGGACUCUGAAAAAUAAGCAUCACUGGCUCCUUGCCAAGGUAGUAGUAAGCGUAGGAGUACAUCAAAAAAAAGGAAGAGGAGAAUGUUUAAGUCUUGCUGUUUCAUAGUGGGUUUGUAGAUCUGAGGUGCAUUAAUCUGCACAUGAUGCAAGCAGGGCUGGACUCUUAGUUUAAGUAUUUACAGAUCAUAAACAUCAGGUGAUCAGUCCUGAUAAACUGCACACUGGAGCUAGACUGAACAGAAGUAAAGACAUUUAACAUCUUAUUUUAUUAGGAAGAAUUGCAGUGUUUUUCUUGACAACUUGAUGAAGAGAAUAGCCUAUUUUUAUAUAAAACUUAAAGUGCCUGAGUACAGGUCUUAAGGUUAAGAUGAAUAGUGUCUCAAAAUACUGAAUUAAUGUCACAAGAACUUCUGUCACUUCUGUAUAUAGUCUGCAAUCAUGUCAGUGAACAAACUGUCUUUGCACUCUUUUACACAAUAAAGUGUUUAAUUGUG